GCGACCAAACGCGGACACCCGGCUUGCGACGGUAACUGACAGGAAAGACGCUUUGGGACCGGACCACAAACGGUUACAUGUACGGGUAAUUGUGAUGAAACACACAAACAUGUCUGCCACAUAAAUAUAACAGCACCGGUGUAUAUGACACCAGAUGACGCCGCAACAGAAGGACUAAAAACACCGUUUUCAAGUGGGGCACCUAGCGGGAAUGGGAAAUGGAGGACAAAGGCCCUCGAGUAGCUGACUACUUUGUGGUGGCUGGACUGACGGAUUCAUCUAAGCCUUUGGACCGGGAAAUUCACUUUGACGAUGCCUGCCACAAAACUGCCAAGCCGAAGGCUCCCAUCACUGAUGUGGCCGUGGUGAUCCGCUCGAUGGGUGAUGAGGUUCCCCCAGGGUUCACAUGCAUUGAAACAACACCAAACGGACAUUUAGCUGAUCUCAAUAAUGGAGGGCUCAUGACACCUCAGAUUUUCUUGUGCUAUAGGCGAGGUUGUGACAAGCCACCACUCACUGACUUAAGUGUCCUUUAUGAGUGGAAGGAGCGACUGAAGCAGGGCUGCCAGCUUAUCCAGACCACACCCUCUGGUCGCCCAGCCAACAUCAGUGGAAACUCCUCCCAGCGUAUUUAUGUCACUUACCAACGGGCACCUGAGAGCCAACCACAUGCUGCUCUGGCUGUCACUGACAUCUGUAUCAUUGUCCCAAGCAAAGGAGAAGCCCCUCCCCACACCUUCUGCAAGGUGGACAAGAAUCUCAACAGCAGUAUGUGGGGAUCCUCUGUGUACUUGUGUUAUAAAAAGUCUGUGACCAAAACCAACUCCAUAGCAUAUAAAGCAGGACUAUUCUGCAGAUAUCCUAUAGAGAACUAUGAGUCUUUCCCACUGCCCGAAUCUGUUCCUCUCUUCUGCCUUCCCAUGGGGGCCACAAUUGAGUGUUGGCCAGUCAACACCAAAUACCCCCUGCCUGUUUUCUCUACUUUUGUCCUAACUGGAGCCUCUGGAGAGAAGGUGUACGGUGCUGCCAUACAGUUUUAUGAGCCCUACCCACAAGAGUGUCUGACUGAUCAACAGUGCUCCCAGCUGGGCCUUCUUAACUCAGAUCCCCAUAAAUCCUACCCCUGCAACAGCCCAGCUGAUGUCACAAACAACACAACUUCCACCACCUGCUCCGUUUACACCAACAAAUGCAUCUGCCUGCUUUCUCACUGGCCCUUCUUCGAUGCUUUUCGCAAGUUCCUCACCUUCCUGUAUCGCUAUUCCAUUUCUGGCCCGCAUGUCCUACCCAUUGAAAAGCACAUUUCUCAUUUCAUGCACAAAGUUCCUUUCCCUUCCUCUCAGAGGCCUCGCAUCCUGGUGCAGCUUUCCCCUCAUGACAGCCUUAUGUUGAGCCAGCCAGUGUCGUCUCCUUUACCACUCAGUGGUGGACGAUUUUCCACAUUGCUGCAGAAUCUUGGACCAGUGAAUGCUGUCACCCUUCUGGUGUUUGCUGUCACUGAACAGAAGAUUCUAGUUCAUUCAUUACGACCUGCCGUACUUACCAGCGUUACCGAAGCUUUGGUAUCUAUGAUCUUCCCCUUCCACUGGCCCUGUCCAUAUAUUCCUCUGUGCCCACUGGCACUGGCUGAUGUGUUGAGUGCCCCAUGCCCAUUCAUUGUAGGAGUGGACUCUCGCUACUUUGAACUUUAUGACCCUCCACCAGAUGUGAGCUGCGUAGACCUGGACACAAACACCAUAUUCCAUAAUGAAGAUAAGCGAGCCCUCACAUGGAAGAUCUUACCAAAGAAAGCUUGUAAAAUCUUAAUGAAUGUGCUGAACACGCUAUACCAGCAACUUGUUGAUGGUCAGUACCAGUCUGACACUUUGCCUGAGUUGACCAUUAGUGAUGUAUCAGAGUUGAGCUGUGGGAAGAGUCUCAAUACUGUGAAUCUGGAGAUCCAGGAAGCCUUUUUGCGCUUCAUGGCAGCCAUUUUAAAAGGCUACCGUUCCUUUCUGAGACCUAUCACCCAGGCACCAUCUGAGAAAGCAACAGAUGCCAGCUCACUUUUUGACUUGCAAGGGUUCUUGAAGAGUCGUGACCGCUCCCACCAAAAGUUCUACUCACUGAUGACCAAAACCCAGAUGUUUAUCCAUUUUAUUGAGGAGUGCUCUUUUGUUAGCGACAAAGACGCUAGUCUGGCCUUCUUCGACGAUUGUGUGGAAAAAUUGUACUGCUCAGAGCGGAGUGCUGAAAAAGGGAGCAAGGUAGAUGGUGAUAGGCCAGAUGAAGCAAGGUUUAUAGAGACUGAUGUCCAUCGUAGUGAGCACACAGUCUUCAUCACGCCUCCAGAGCUGCCCCUUCUGCCUGAUGAGGAAGCGUAUCCCUUAUCCUACAGGUAUGAUAUCUUCCCAGUGUUGAGUUUGGACUUGUUUGACCCAGUGGAGGGCCUUCAAACACCUUCCUCUCGCCUCAACGCCAGGCAUAGCUGCCCUACCAGCCCCGCCCCAAUGUUUAGGCGUAGCAAACAGGAGAUUAAAUCAGCCCAGAAAAUAGCCAAAAAAUACUCAUCCAUCCCCCAGCUUUGGUCCAUGUGCUUGCUGCGCCAUUGUUAUGGCCUCUGGUUUAUCUGUCUACCAGCAUAUGUGAAGGUUUGCCAUUCUAAAGUGCGAGCACUUCGUACUGCCUAUGAUGUCCUUCGUAAGAUGCAGGCCAAGAAGCUGCAACCACCUGAUGAGGUGUGUUACAGAGUGCUGAUGCAGCUUUGUGGACAAUAUGGUCAGCCAGUCCUUGCAGUCAGGGUCCUCUUUGAAAUGAAGAAAGCUGGAGUCCACCCAAAUGCAAUUACAUAUGGCUACUACAAUAAGGCAGUGCUGGAAAGCACUUGGCCGACCAGCACCAGAGGAGGAUACUUUCUGUGGAUGAAGCUGAGAAAUGUGGUUUUGGGUGUGGCUCAGUUUAAACAGUCACUGCGAAAACAUGCCCCUCUCACUCAGAGCCUGCUGUCAGACUGCAACGACCUGGACGUUGAUAGUCAUGGCAGCCUGGACAGCACAGCUGACGUCACCCUAACAGGGCAGGGUAGAGCAGCAGAUAUCACUGAUGAUGGAUCUAGCACAGGACAUCAGUCAGAUUUGGGUUAUAAUUCACUGUCCAAAGAGGAGGUUCGCAGGGGAGACGUCUGUGCACAGAACUCUAUCCGGGACAAGAUUGAUAAGGAAGAGAGUGACUGCAGCUCCUUAUCAGAAACGGAGAGCAUCAAGGGAAGUAAAGACUUUCUCCCUCAGUUGGACAUGGAGGUCAAUUCUUCCUUCCAUCCUCAUGGCAUUGUGUGCAGCAGCUCCCGCUACGACAAUUCAAAAUGCCGAGCUAAGACGUCUGCAAGUGCAGACCACGUUGCAGGUCUUCUCUUCACCUCUUCUCUGGGAGAGAUUGGUGAGAUCCAAACCAAUAUCUUGCUCAGGAAACACAAAAGUACCCUGGAAGAAGUGGUUGGCAGUGCCAACAGUGACUCGACUUUGGGUUGGCGACUACGUGGUGACAAAGUCUGUGGGAGUGGCACUACUGUUCUUGGUCUGGGUAUGAGCCAGGGAGAAACCGACCCAGACAAAAUUGCAGGACAUCUUGGCGCUGAUGUGAAAAUUCUCUGUAAUUCCAACUUUGGUAAGAGCAAGAGGCCUCGCUCACUGGCUCUGUGUGGGUUGGAGGAGGCUUCUGUAAGCAGAUGUCGUAAAGAUGGAGAUGAGCCGGAGAUGCAGGUUUCCAGUGAUGAAGACACAAACAAUCUAGAGAAUAUUUUUGAUUUGGAGGAUUUGGAUUUGGACAAGACUACCGCAAGCGAAGGAAUUACUUCUCAAAAAACCUGCAAAUCUCGCAAAAAUCCUAUUGAACGCAGCGCAAGCUACUGUGGUGUGAGCCCUUUGACAUCAAGACGAAGAGUGAAGCGCACAGGCAUUGAGACUGGCUAUGAUCCUCUCUCCUUGCUUUCAGCAGAGUCUCAUUCAGUGCAGCAAAAGGAGGAUCCAUGUCCAGAGGAGAUGGAUGCCAGCACACCCAUUGCCAACAGGAAUUUGGCAAGGGAGAUUGAGCUCUACAUGAAGCACAUUGGAAGCCCACUGAGUAGCCGAACACCAAGUAGGGACCUCCAGGACCCGUCCAGCCCGCUCAUCUUUCACCGCUCCACACCUCGUAGCGCUAGCUUACCCAAGAGCUCUGUCCUCAGGACUACGGGAGUGCCACAGUCAAGCACCUACCACCCUCCCUCGCCCUCUAAAUCCAUCACACAUCAGCGUAUGUGGUCGUCGCCAACUUCUCACAGCGAAAGCACCACCCCUAGCCCUUGUCCCAGCCCGCACCCCAGCCCCUACCGGGAUAAGACAAGCCAGAUGCACAUUGCAGCCACUUCACCAUCCUCAUCUUUUGUUCUGGACACACUAACACCAACAUUGGAUGUUUUCAAGACCAGCAUGUUCUCUGCAAGCAAAGGCGUGGCAGAGAAGGCUAGUCGUUGGUACUCACGUCUAUCCACGUACGCUACACCAACUAAGGACACUCAGAGUGACCAACCAAAUGUCUCCACGCUUGAUGUUGAGGAUCUAGAUAACUUCUCUGUGAAAGAUGAGGAACAAUCAAAAUAUUCCACAGUCUCCCCAAAAAAGAAUGGCCCUGUUGGUCCAACGGGAUCUCGAAAGAGCCCAAGACGUAGCCCCUUCCACAGCAGACUUUUGAACAGUCCCACUGCAGACUCCAGCCUCAGAAGACCCACAUCGCUGCUCCCUGGUUGUGGCCACCUCUCACCUCCUGGCUUCCUUCUGUCCGACAAGUCAGACUUAGGGUCCUCACGCUACACUAGCAACACCAGCAUCUUCAAUAACUGUGCAAUGGAGCUGUUAAUCUCAAGCUGUUCACGCUGUAAGACAUGUGACUGUCUGGUCUACGAUGAAGAAAUCAUGGCCGGCUGGACGGCGGAUGACUCUAAUCUAAACACUACGUGCCCCUUCUGUGGAAACCCCUUCCUGCCUUUUCUUAAUGUGGAGAUCAGGGACAUGAGAGGAACUGGCAGGCUGUUCCUAAAGGAAAGUCUGUCCGUGGAUGAGGCGCUGAGCUCAUCAUAUUCUACCUCAACAGGCUUUGACACAGGGACGUCCACCUUAUCCACCCCCUGUCCCACCACAGCCAUCUCCCCUCCUUCUCCUGUGAUAGCCGUCCAUGACUGUUCAAUGAGACCGAGAACUCGAUCCACCACAUCGCACGGUUUCAACAUCCCUACAGAGCGGCGACAAGGGGCUCGAUGUUUGGCAGCGCCCAUGGCACGAAGUGUUAGUGCCUUCGGCCCCCUGGAGGAAACUUCUCAGUGCAACCGCUUGUUGCCAAUCUCUGGCAGCCUACCCAGCCGACUUAAUGAACCCACUGAUCCGCUGAGUAUGGAAUGGCGUCUCCACAACCCUGAGCCAGUGACAGUUCCCUACUUGAGCCCACUGGUGUUGUGGAAGGAGCUGGAGAGCCUGCUGGAGAAUGAGGGAGACACAGUAAUUACAGAGUCUGACAUGGUGGACCACCAUCCUAUUAUCUACUGGAACUUGGUCUGGUACUUCAGGCGGCUGGGCCUACCAAGCAACCUGCCUGGACUCAUCCUAACCUCUGAGCACUGUAACACAGACUCCCAGGUUCCCCGUCAGUGGAUGUCAGAGGACAGUAAACACGUGUUGAUCCAGAUCCUGUGGGACAACCUAAAGCUGCAACAGGAUCCUGUUCAACCUUUUUACAUUCUGUGGAACACAUACAAUGUGGGCUACCCUGUGUCCCGAACCGUCCCAAAAGAAGAGAAGCCCUUCUCUGAGGAUCUGCUGCAGAGUGUCGUGAGGAGCAUCCAGAGGAAUGAUGUUAGCCGACCAAUGGCUCAUCUGCUGGAGAUACAGGCUCAGACAUUUGGACACAAAAGGCAAAGGAGUUUGUACAGAGACCUGCUCUUUCUCUCACUGGUGGCUCUGGGAAAAGACAACAUUGAUAUCGAUGCCUUUGACCGGGAGUACAAGCUAGCAUACAACCGCCUGUCACCCAGACUGGUAAAGCUGACCCGUAACUGUGACCGCCCUCCCAGCACGGGCGUCAUGGAGUGUCGCAGGACAUUUGGGGAGCCUUACCUGUAAAACUGCAGGUUAUGUUCACCCUUUGGCGGGCGCAUUGAGAGCUCAGGAAAGCGGGCAGCGCUGACUCAGCAUCGUUACAACCAUCGUGUAGCCCAACGUCUUCAUUUGAAUGUCUCCGUCUCCUCAAAAAGGCUGUAACUUACGAGAGAAAGAUAUUUUUAAGACAACAUUUUAAAAGAAAAGAUGGCAUGUUAGGGUUAUUUUUAUCCAUGCAAAGUAAGCUUUAUUAAUAAUAAUGUCACUUUUAAUCAGGGUUCGUUUCCACUAUUGAAUGUCAGCAGAGGUCAACAUUUGAUCUUGUUUUGUAUUUUUACUCAUAUCAGUAUUAACCAUUUAAAAGCACCCGACCCCUGUA